UUAGUGCGGAAAGUAAGUUCAGAUAGAUCUGCCAAUCUGUCUUACUGUUAUAAUUAGUAGUUAACCAAGGCCUUUACAACAAUUUGGACUAAUGUCGCCUGCAAGUUGUAAGUUUAUAUAUUUUUUAGCGUUGGUCCACAUAAUGAAAGGUAACAUUCCAGGUUUGAAAUCAGAAGUGUUGACUCUUAUAAACCGUAAUGGUGAUGCUGCAGCUACAUACAUGGCUAAAAUACAGACGACCACCCGUUGUGCGCAGGAAUGCUUGAGGCUAGGAGAUGAAGUUUGUAAGUUUACAAGUGUUGAUAAAACGAACAGAAGUUGUAAAUUCAGUGCAGACAAGAUCGAUAUAGAUACGUUGUCAACUGCUGUGAUACUUGUGUAUGAAGUAACAGAACGUGAAGGAGUAUUUAUAAAGGUGUCGCGCAACGCUGAUUAUGAAGAAGCUUCUGAAGGGUGUCAUCAGUUGAAAGGUUAUCUUGCCUCUUACGAACAACUGAUGUCUGCUGUCAACCACUUCGGAAAGGACGUGACCUGUGAUCAAUGUUGGUUAAUUAGUGGUGAGGUGACUUUCACAAAUGAUGAAACACCAUGUCAACUGGUAGAUCCAGCCAUUCGUUGCAACGUUUAUCCCGACCGUACUACCUUAUAUCCAUGUUUUUACUGUUAUAUCACCUCUUUCAUUUCCGAGGGAAGAGACUAUCAUUCUGCCAGCAGAAUCCUUCACCUUAGUCGUGAUGGCAGCGAAGGUUAUACAUACAAUGAAGCAGAAAGCCUUUGCCAGGGAAAUUAUGGAGGACACCUUGCUCUGCCGAUGGAGGUUUACAAUGCUAGUUUAACCGGUGUUCAGAUCUGCGAAACAGCUUGGUUUUCCAAUGGUAUGCAAGGAGCGCCAUAUCAUAAAGACCAAGAAAUUUGUUGGGGAAAUGUUUUAACCGGAUAUAAAUUUAGCAUUUCUGAUCAUUAUGAAGGAGAAUAUAAGAAAUCAGCUUACUGCUCUCUGGCGAAUCACUUUGUAGAUGAUUAUCCAUUUCCCGCUCAUGGUAUCAUAAGCGUAAGGGGACGUGAAACUUACACGCUGACAUAUUCUGAGGCCUCAAGUCGGUGUCUUUCUAUUGGUGGAACGCUCGCCAAAUAUAACCAGAUGUUGGUAGCACAUGAAGCUGGAUAUCAGUCCCUCUACAGAUCUUGGUUAAAAGAAAAGUAUGUUGUGUAUUCAUGUGUAUUUUAUCCGGAGUGUAGUCCAUAUGGUGUUGAAAAUACAGGAGUGAAACCUACAUACAAAGAAUAUGAUGCGUUUUGUCAUGUUCCCAAAUAAUCUCUGUCGUUUAGACAUCACCGUCAAUCUACCGCUAUUUUUUUUUCCAUUUCUUUCCAUCUUGAGGCAGGAAACAUUAUUAAUCACUUACCAAUCCUUACUUACGUUGUAAUAUUAUAUUUCUCGCAAUGUCAGGUGGGAUCAAGAUAUUUUUCAAUAUUUAACAAAGGAGCUAAUUUCUUUGCUUAGUUUCUAUGAAUAACAUACCGGCACUGCAUGCAAAUGAGGAAAAUUUAACUUUAAGACAGUGGAGUAGAACUAAAAUUCACCACAGUCUUUACUAGGUCUAUGUGCGUUUAUAGUCAUUGGAAUUUAUUGAUUGGUCUAAAUUACAUAUUUUAUUGUAUGCCUUAUCAUAUCCCUAAAAAUAAUGUUAAUCCCAUUUUAGAAGUAUAUAUUAUAUUUUAUAAUCUUUUUGAGCCCAUGAAUGACAUUGUUCAGCUUCUUUUCUCAUGUUU